UUCGGGAGCUGAUAGAUGCUGUAACUUUUUUUUUAAUUUUGUAGUGUUGGAGUAGAAGUUUUUUUUCCUGUGGAAAUGGAGCACGCGCCUGCAACACUUGAGACGGAUGAUUCUUAAACAGAAAGCAGCCUUAUGAGUUGUUGGCAGCUGUGAUGUGGUGCAGCUGCAACAGCCUCGAUUUAAAACCGCUGGACAGGAGCCGAGAGCAGGUUAGACAUAUCCAAAUAUGCGCGUAAUUGGAGUGCACUGGCGAGGCGUCCCUUGCACCCCUUCAGAGAUCUCGUUGUCGUGAUGUUCAAUACUUCGGGAAUUGAGCUCACUUUUAACAAGAAAGAGGAUAUUUCCGAAGUUAUCAAUGGCACUCACAGCGUCCUCGGCACCGCCAGUCCCACAGCCAUGUGGAACGAGACGUGCGGGGAGCUGCAGGAUUUCGGGCGCCCGGAGAAGAUCGUUAUCGGGGUGAUGCUGGCGAUCAUCACGGCGGUCACCGUCAUGGGGAACACGCUGGUGGUGAUCGCGGUGUGCGUGGUGAAGAAACUAAGGCAACCUUCAAACUACCUUCUGGUAUCUCUAGCAGUGGCGGACCUGUCAGUGGCCAUAGUUGUGAUGCCGUUUGUAAUAGUGACAGACCUCACCGGGGGCAAGUGGCUUUUUGGAGAGGUGUUCUGCAACAUCUUCAUCGGCAUGGAUGUAAUGUGCUGCACUGCCUCUAUCAUGACCCUGUGUGUGAUCAGCGUGGAUAGAUAUCUGGGGAUCACACGGCCCCUCACCUACCCAGCCCGGCAGAACGGUCAGCUGAUGGCAAAGAUGAUCCUGGGAGUGUGGCUGGCGUCAGCAUCCAUCACCCUGCCACCUUUCUGCGGCUGGGCCAAAAACGUCCACACAGCCGGUGUGUGCCUCAUUAGCCAAGACUUUGGCUACACCAUCUAUUCCACAGCUGUAGCCUUCUACAUCCCUAUGCUGGUCAUGCUGGUCAUGUACUACAAGAUCUUCAGGGCAGCUCGCAAGAGUGGCGCCAAGCACCGCUUCACUGACCUUUCACGCCGCGAGCGCCUCGAAACAGUGACUAAUGAGGCUCUGCGAAUGCAGGGCCUGAAGCCGCCUGGUGUGGCGGAGGAUUGCGCGGCAUUGUCCCGCCUGCUGAACCGUGAGCGCAAAAACAUCUCUAUCUUCAAACGGGAGCAGAAAGCGGCGACAACACUUGGGGUGAUUGUGGGAGUCUUUGGCGUAUGCUGGCUGCCGUUCUUCAUCCUGUCCACUGCCAGGCCCUUUAUCUGUGGAGUUGAGUGUAGCUGUGUGCCCAUCUGGCUGGAGCGCACGCUGCUUUGGUUAGGCUACGCUAACUCCCUAAUGAACCCCUUUAUCUACGCCUUCUUCAACCGGGACCUGCGCUCCACUUAUCGUGACCUUCUGCGCUGUCGCUACCGCAACAUAAACCGCAGACUGUCUGCUGUGGGCGUGCAUGAGGCUCUCAAGGUCUAAAGCAGGGUACUUCAGCAGCAUAUAUUGACUCUCAAUGAGUGGGGUAUGGUGGCCCUGUGCUUGUACACCUGGUGCUUAAAGGGCGACGUGUGCACAGCAGGCCUGUAGAAAAGACAAAGACUGACAGAAUGGGAGUCACUGUUGGUGGCUCUCUGGCCCCUUCGCAAAGGCAGAGAGACAGCACUAUCACUUCAUUGUGUGUGUCAUUCUAUUUUGGGAAAGAAAAUCAUAGAGCGUACUUGAUGGGCUAUUCAAGUUGACACUGCUUUUGUGCAUAUGCCACAAUUGCGUCCUGGAAUCAUGGAAGGAUAA